CGAUAUGGCACACUAACAAAACAUUGUUGUAUCAACAACAUCGUGUCCGAGUCAAAUUGUAUAUUUCCCAAAUUAAUUAUAUUUUUAUAAGCGUAAUCGCAUGAGCUAUAUCGCAGGAAAUGAACGCUCCAGAAGAACAUAAGGAGACGCCUUUGGAGGUUAUCCAUGAGUUCAUCAAGGGCGUGGAUGAUGGCACUUUACGCCGCGAUCUGGCGGAGGACUGCAUCCUGAGCUACUACAGCCGAAAUGUGCGUGGCGCCAAGGCCAUCACCGGAUUUCUAAGGACCCAGGUGACUAGGCGCUACAGGCACGAAAAUUUCGAGGAAGCAGCGCGUCUUGCGAAGGGCGACGAGAUUCUGCUGCAGGCACGCUUCGGCAGAUCCUUUGACGCCGAGCGACGUCGCAUCUACGAGGAGAAGGCGCUCGAAGGCGCCACCACUAUGCAUCUGCAUGCGGAGAGCGACGACGAGGAGGUAAAUGAGGAGUUCUCCACAUCCCUGAUCACGCCACCACGUCCCUCGAGCUACAAUUUGAACUCACUGAAGUAUGUGGAGGCCUGUGGCCUGUUGAACAGGCGUGAUGAAUAUGUCUACGGCGGCCUGGACAUGGGCGAAUCGUGCGCCGUCCACCUCACUUUGGGCUAUCGGAGCACCCGGCUGCCCAGCGGUCAAGUGAGCGGCUUCGAGAUCUGCCUAGUUGUAUACGAUCGGGGUCUGACCAGCCUCAAGCGAUCCACCUUAAAUGAGCCCAAAUCCGCCAUUUGCUAUCCACGACGGCCCAAUGCCCGCUAUAACCCAAGCACCGAUGAUGAGGGCGAUGCCGAGGAGGAUUUACCGCCGGCAACAUCGAGGCGCGGCGUCCGUCGUACUUUGUUUACAGAGGAGAACACUCAGGAAGGGGAGGAUGACGAUGGUGAUCCCGAUCCCGAUCCCACUCCCAUUCCCGAGGUGGAGCAGGAGCAGCCAGCACCGCAGCAGGCUGAGGCAGCUCGCGAGGCAGUCAACACCCCCGUAGACUUACCCACACCCUCGGAGACCGCAAAUUGCAGUAGCUACACACCAAGGAAACGCCUACAGACCACCAAUGGCAACGAAGUGCCGCCCAAGCGCACACCGGGACCGCAGCGGAUGCGUUUCUAGGCCGGACAGAUCAUAAACUAUAGUCCCUAGUUACUUUUCCAAAUCUACGUAGCACAAUUCUUUUUUUGGACUUCAGAGGAUA